UAUAUUCAAAAUAUAAAAAUAAAAAUGGAAACAUUAAUAGCAGAUUCUAAUAUAGGUCUUCCUGAAUCAUUUAAUUAUACUUAAAAAAAUAAUAGCAUUAGUUUUUAAGAGCCAAUAACUGAAAAAUUUGACUUCUAAUAUGCCCCAUUAGAUAACCCUUGCGAAUUUGUACAUAGUUUAAAAGAAGCAAAAGGUCCAGAAAAAUCAUUGAUGAACUUUAAAAAGGGUACUACAACUUUAGGAUUUAGAUUUUAAGGCGGUGUAUUAUUAGCUGUAGAUUCUCGUGCUUCUUAAGGAAGUUUUGAUGCUUCAGAAACUGUUCGUAAAAUAAUAGAAAUUAAUGAAUUUUUGCUCGGAACUAUGGCUGGUGGUGCCGCAGAUUGCUAAUUUUGGGAAUAAUAUUUGGCUAUUUAAUGUAGAAAAUAUUAGCUCUAGCACGGUGAAAGAGUUUCAGUUGCAGCAGCUUCUAGAAUAUUAAUAAAUAUUCUUUAUGGUUAUAAAAAUCAAGGGCUUUCUGUUGGAUGUAUGUUAGCAGGAUGGGAUAAUUAAGGACCUUAACUAUACUAUUUAGAUAACGAUGGAUCUAGAAUUAAAGGAGAUCUGUUUUCAGUUGGUUCAGGAUCAACCUAUGCUUAUGGCGUGUUAGAUUCUCAUUAUAAAUGGGAUCUUAGCUUAAAAGAAGCAGUUGAAUUAGGAAAAAGAGCUAUUUAUCAUGCUACUUUUAGAGAUGCAGGAUCCGGUGGUGUUGUUAGAGUUUAUCAUGUCCAUUAAGGAGGUUGGGAUAUUAUCCAUGAUGGACUUGAUGUUAACACCUUACAUUAUGAAUUUGCGACUGAAAAAAAUAUGGAUGGAUCAGAAGACUAAGUAGGUUAAAAAUUAUUGUGAUUUUAUCAAAAAAAAUGAUAAUAAUAAUUAGAGUUAAUCAAACUAUAUAUAUAAAACAUAAAAAAAAAAAAAAAACCUACGUUUUUUUAUUUCUCUUUUUAUUUUUAAAUUUUUUUUUUUAAAAAAAAUAUAUAUAUAAAUAAAAAUAAAUAUUAUUAUUAUUCUAUAAAUAAACAUGUUUACGAUAU